AUGGCUCCAGGUUGCGGACGGCGCGAAGAAGAAACAACAAAUUCAGGUGCAGCUCAUCGUCAACAAUUUAUCCGUCGCCGUCAAGACCAGGGGACCUCUGACGAAGAACAAACCCUCCAUGCUACCGGGGCACCCGAGGAGAACCUGCACGAGAACGUUAUUCUCAACCUUUGCCGGGCCCUAAAGACUUUAGAUAAGUUGGUAUCAGGGAAUCCACAGAGAAUAUCAGAUAGUGGAGUCUUGCUUGCAAUGAUCUCGUGGCACCUAUACCCAGAUCUCAUUGUGCUGGACCGGAAAGCCCUAGACAUCUCUCAGGGAGAUCAACUAGUGCAUGAGGGUGGAAUUACGACCAUUUCUGUCUCGACUUCGUCUAAUACCAACGGCAAACAAGAUGGCGUUUACUGGUCACUGCCGCUUGCCAACCUUCGUUAUUAUGGGAAAGUUCGGCGUGAGCGAUCCUCAUUCCAUGACUCGAAAUUGACACUUUCAGAGCUCCAGGCACUAGCACUCGGAGCUUCUUUAGAGGCACCCGAUACUGCCGUACUGGCAAGUUCAAUUCUCAAUGCUCUGUGGGGAUAUUGCUAUACGAUAUGCGAGACUUCGCCCUAUGCAAACAUAGAAUUGUGGCAAGACCCGAAUGCUUUUCGUCGUGGGAUGACGCCGAGGGAGCAAGUCGACAAAUACAGCAGAGCCAUGCAGUACAUACGUGCCCUACGAGGGGGUAUAACACUCCUGCUCUCUUAG